UUUCCUCCUCCUCCUCCCGCGGCUCCUCGGCACUCCCGUGCGCGGCGGCGGAGCGCCCAGGCGCAGCCCGGCAGCAGGGCGCGGCGGCGGGCGCGGGCUCGGUCUCCCCCGUCCCUCUCCCCCAGCGGCCGGUGCGAGGAUGUCCCGGAGACCCCGGCACAGUAUAUAUAGUAGUGAUGAUGAUGAAGAAGAUGUUGAGGUGUAUGAUCACGACUAUGAUGGUCUGCUUCCUAAGACUGGAAAACGUCACCUAGGAAAAACCAGGUGGACCCGUGAGGAGGAUGAGAAGUUGAAGAAGCUUGUGGAGCAGAAUGGUACGGAAGACUGGAAAGUCAUUGCCAAUUUCCUUCCUAAUCGGACAGAUGUUCAGUGCCAGCACCGAUGGCAGAAGGUACUAAACCCAGAACUUAUUAAAGGUCCGUGGACCAAAGAGGAGGAUCAAAGGGUAAUAGAGCUCGUGCAGAAAUACGGUCCAAAGCGCUGGUCUGUCAUUGCUAAGCAUUUGAAAGGAAGGAUUGGAAAACAGUGCAGGGAGAGGUGGCACAACCAUUUGAAUCCAGAAGUGAAGAAAACCUCCUGGACAGAAGAGGAAGAUAGAAUUAUUUACCAGGCACACAAGAGGCUGGGAAACAGAUGGGCAGAGAUUGCAAAGUUGCUGCCUGGACGAACUGAUAAUGCUAUCAAGAACCACUGGAACUCCACCAUGCGCCGGAAGGUUGAGCAGGAGGGCUACCUGCAGGAGUCCUCCAAAGCCUGCCACUCCUCAGCAGCUGCUGGCUUUCAGAAGAACAACCACCUGAUGGCCUUUGCUCACAACCCAUCGCCACCCGCGCAGCUGCCGGUGGCCAGCCAGCCCCCACUGGGCAGUGACUACCCCUACUACCACAUCCCUGAGCCACAGAACGUUCCUGGUCAGAUCCCGUAUCCAGUAGCACUGCAUGUAAAUAUUGUCAAUGUACCUCAGCCAGCUGCUGCAGCUAUCCAGAGACACUAUAAUGAUGAAGACCCUGAGAAAGAAAAACGAAUAAAGGAAUUAGAGUUGCUACUAAUGUCGACUGAGAAUGAACUGAAAGGGCAGCAGGCAUUACCAACACAGAACCACACAUCAAACUACCCCGGCUGGCACAGCACCACAAUUGCGGACAGUACCAGGACCAGUGGUGACAGUGCACCUGUUUCCUGUUUGGGGGAGCAUCACCACUGUACUCCAUCUCCACCGGUGGAUCACGGUUGCUUACCUGAGGAAAGUGCAUCCCCUGCACGGUGCAUGAUUGUUCACCAGAGCAACAUCCUGGAUAAUGUUAAGAAUCUCUUAGAAUUUGCUGAAACACUCCAGUUAAUAGACUCCUUCUUAAACACCUCAUCCACUCAUGAAAACUUGAACCUGGACAACCCUGCACUUACCUCCACACCGGUGUGUGGCCAUAAGAUGGCACUUACCACCCCGUUCCAUAGGGACCAGGCUUUAAAGGCUCAGAAGGAAAACCAUGUUUUCAGGACUCCAGCAAUCAAGAGGUCGAUAUUAGAAAGCUCUCCAAGAACACCCACUCCAUUCAAAAACGCACUUGCAGCUCAGGAAAUCAAAUACGGUCCUUUGAAGAUGCUGCCUCAAACUCCAACUCAUCUUGUAGAAGAUCUGCAGGAUGUUAUCAAGCAGGAGUCAGAGGAAUCUGCAAUAGUGGCUGGGCUACAUGAAAGUGGACCCCCUUUGCUGAAGAAAAUCAAACAAGAGGCAGAGUCCCCAACAGAUAAAGCUGGAAAUUUUUUUUGUUCAAAUCAUUGGGAAGGAGAAAACCUGAACACUCAGCUCUUUACACCUGGGUCUACUAUGGAAGAUGUGCCAAAUCUUCUUACCAGUUCCAUUUUAAAGAUGCCUGUGUCUGAAGAUGAUGAUAGUUUUCAGAAAACAGUUGCAGUACCUAGAAACAGGCCACUAGCUAGUCCUUUACAGCAUCUGAACAACACCUGGGAGUCGGCGUCCUGCGGGAAGAUCGAGGAUCAGAUGGCUCUGCCAGAUCAGGCACGUAAAUACAUGGGCACCUUCCCCACGCGGACUCUGGUGAUGUGAAAGGGUCGACGCACAGAAAAGCAUUAUGGUUUUGAGAACACUUCACCUCCACUGGGAAAUUCCUGUUCCUCUGCAUGAGAACUUUUCAUGAAUGGGAGAAGAGCCUAUCUUUGUUGUGGUACAACAGUUGGGAGCAGCACAAAGUGCAUUUAGUCACUCAGCAUAUAUAUUCUUGUUGGAUUUCACCCAACUUAAGAGUUUGUGUUUUUUUAAUGAUACUUGCCUAAAUUAUUAGGUAUUGAAUUUGAAUCAGUAAUUAAUGAUCUUAAGUGCAGUCUUAUAAUAAAGAUAAUUUUUCUUGUACUUUUUGAGAUCAAACAGACUUAAUACACCAGUAUUGUUAUUUCAGUGAUGUGCUAGUCAGGGGUGGGGUUUAGUUUGUUUCUUUUUUUAUUUUUUAUUUUGUUUUGUAAUAAUAAAAGAGCAGGUACUCAGAUAUAUUUUAAAUCACUGAACAGAAUGAAUUGGUGUAAAAUAUCGUAGUGAAAAGCAUUACUACAAACGCUUGUCUGUGCAAAAGGGGAAAGCUGAUCAAGAUCGUGAAUGCUCAAACAUCCAUGCCUCUUGAAAUACUCCCUUCUGUUUUGGUUCUAGGCCAUUAUACGUUGUGUGUUUCUGUUGGGGGGGGGUGGGUAAUUAGCUUGCUUUAAAAAAUAUUACUGUAUGAAACAUAGAUUUAUGAGAAAAAUUAUAUUUUUAUUCAGUAAUUUAAUUUUGUAAAUGCCAAAUGAAUACUGUGUUUUGCUGCUACAGACCUUAGCAUGUAGACAUGCUGCUAGUGUAAAAGGAGCAGUAGAGCUUUUUAUGGAAAAAAACAAAUGUUGAUGUUAGCUAAUUGACUAUGCACUAGCAUUUCAGACCUUUUUGUUUUAAUUUUUUUUACAUCAUUUAUAUUUUUUCCCCUUUUUUUUAUAAGCAAUAUUUUUGAACACUGUUCUUGGGAGAUUUUUAUUUGUGUGGAUGUGUUGUUUUGUUUCUCAUUGGUUUGUAACAGCAUGCAUUGCACCUUCAUAUGUUUGGGAGAACACUGUCUUGUUCAUGUUGUCUCUUUUGUUCCAUGUCUAGCUAGUUGUUCCCUAACUUGGGUUUUGUGUACUGAAUCAGGUUCUUAGAAAUACAUGGUUCUUUGUACUGCCAUAUCAAAUCUUUAUUGAUAUGGCAAAACACUGAUUUUAUUUUAUUUUUUUUUAAUUUUUUGUGUUUUUAUAACAGCCUCUGACUUUGCUGCCUUAAUAGCAUUUGGUGCAGCUUUAUCUGCACUUAAUUUUUUAUACAACAAUGUACUGCCUUGUAGAUAAAUAAAGUGUGUUCCUUUU